UCUCCUCGACCCCCGAGCUCCUCCUCGACCCCUGAGCUCCUCCUUCUCCUCGACCCCCGAGCUCCUCCUCGACUCCCGAGCUCCUCCUUCUCCUCGACCCCCGAGCUCCUUCUCGUUUAGUUCGACCGCUUUUCUUUUCUAAAGGACCCAAACAGCUGAUCGGCGUUUUGUUCCCACUGCUGAAUAAACAACAUGAAGUCAAAUGCUGCGGAGAGAAAGGAAGUCGGUCCUCGAUGUGAGACGUUAAAUAAUAAUAAUGCUUUUAAUUGUUUUAGGAUUGUUGCUCGGUUGAUUUUAUUUAAUUGUCAUUCCAGCCGUUUAAUUUAAACGGGAAACGCCACGGGGAUCUCUUAUUUCAGCUGCAUUUGAACACAUCCCCCCGAAGAGGAACAGGAGGUCAUCCACAUCUUUGAACCAAACCUUUUAUUUUGAAAUUCCUGACAGGCGUAUUCGGCCUUUUGAGGGUUGAGACCGGAUCACAACGAAGCCUUGACACGUUUACAAACAUCGACCUGAAGAAUCAUUCUUCUCGUUCUUUUGAGGGUUUUUUCUAGUACACAUUUAUUUGGCAAGUCAAAUUUUUUUUGUUUUUAAAUUUAAAUUUUUCCAACAAAUUAAAAAAAUUCAGAAAUUUUUAUUUUUCAGAAAUUCAAAUUUUCAGGAAUUUAUAUUUUUGUCAAUUUUAAUUUAAAAUUUUCAGACAUUUUCUAUUAACAAUUUUAAUUUAAAUAUUGUUUUCUACUUCGAAAAAAAUCCCAAAAUGUUCUGGACUUGUUUUUUUCUCGUGCGUUCCUACUUUAAUCCAGACGGCCAUCGUUCCUGUUUUGAGUCUUUUUUGUAAAUAGUGUCUCUAAAUAAUUACCCAGGUGCCCCGGCUCCAUCUGUACUAACGAGUUCUUAAGAUAACGUUCUGAUCCCAUUUCAACGUGUUUUAUUUUCCCGCCUCCCAGACGGACAAACGGGAAGUGACGGCGGUUUUAAUUUUGUUAUUGUUUCUUAAUUUAUUGAGUGUUUGUUGAAGAGUUUGUUUGUUUUUAGUUUCCUCCGGAGAGAAAGAAGAAGUGAUGCCUGCCCCCCCCCCCCCCCCUAAACACCAUUCCUCCAGAUUCUUCUGACCCUGCCCCCUUGGCCCCGCCCACCAGCUCUGAAGAACGGACUUUUCUUUUUAUCCAAACGGAGUCUGAAACAUAUUAUGGGAUGGAGCGAGGGCGACGCAGUCAUGGUGUCCACCAGGCUCGUCUCGUCCCUUCAGGCCGUCUUGGCCUCUUCAGCUGGUCUAGUGAUCGCUUCUUCCUGUAGAGACGUCAUGGAGGACAGACAUUGGCUGACCGACAGAUACAUCCUGUUCGCCGCGCCGUACUUCGCCUUCGAUAUCUACGCCAUGUUCCUGUGCUACUGGCACAAGCUGCAGGUCAAAGGUCACGAGGCCCAGGGGGGCGUGGCCUCGGUGGGCGGGUUCCUGCGGCGGGAGAAGCUGCUGGUGCUGCACCACGUGUUCAUGGUGGCCUUCUGCUGCCCGGCCUCGCUGCUGUGGAGGAGGGGUAGAGGAGAUUUCUUCCAGGCGUUGUUAUUUCUUGCUGAGCUCAGCACUCCUUGUGUCUGUUUGUCUAAAGUUUUGAUUCAGUUCCAGAAGCAGCACACUCUCCUCCACAGGCUCAACGGUCUCCUCCUCCUCUUCACCUUCUUCUUCUGUCGUGUUCUCCUCUUCCCGUACCUGUACUUCAUCUACAGCAGGUACGCAUCCGUCCCCGUGUACCGGCUCCCCCUGGUGGCCCCGUGGCAGUGCACCCUGGGGGCCUCCCUGCUGUGGCCCCUGCAGCUCUACUGGUUCACUCUGAUCUGCAGAGGGGCCAUCCACGUCACGGGGGGGCGGGGCUAUCCGCGUCACGGGGGGCGGGGCCACUGGGCUCCUCCCCCUCCAGAGUAAAAAACAGUUUCACCUCAUGGCGCUAGAGCCGGGCUCUAUCCUGGUGAUCAAUACUAUGAUUAAUGCUAUGAUCAAUGCUAUGAUCAAUAUGAUGAUCAAUGCUAUGAUCAAUACUAUGAUUAAUGCUAUGAUUAAUACUAUGAUUAAUACGAUGAACAAUGCUAUGAUCAAUACUAUGAUUAAUACUAUGAUCAAUACUAUGAUUAAUACUAUGAUCAAUACUAUGAUUAAUACUACGUCUGAGUGUGAAGGCUUUUAUAGAAACACGUUCAUGUCGUAAUAUAAUUGUCAUUAAAUGUUUUGAAAGUA